AUGUUGAAUCCAUUCUUAGACGACGAAGGUUUUCUAAGAGUGGGAGGACGACUAAGAAAUGCUAGUAUCGCACAGAAUCUAAAAUAUCCAGUCAUUCUGCCUAAAUCACACUAUAUUACAGAACUGAUAAUACGAUAUUAUCACUAUAAAUAUCUUCACGGAGGAGCACAAAUGCUCCAUUCAGAAAUCAAGCAAAGAUGCUGGAUUAUUAAUGCAAGAGCAGCUAUUCGAAAGAUCAUUCGUAAAUGUGUAACAUGCUGUCGACACAGAAGUGAGCUGUCAUAUCAAGAAAUGGGCGAUCUUUCAUCAUCCAGAGUGAAUCCCGCAAGAGUUUUUUCGAAAUGUGGUGCGGAUUUUUCGGGUCCUUUCCAAGUUAAACCGAAGAAAGGGCGCCGUGUUCGGACAGUGAAGAUCUACGUUUGUGUUUUCGUAUGUUAUAGUACUAAGGCAGUGCAUUUAGAACAAGUUGGAGACAUGACGACAGAUUCCUUCGUAGCAGCUCUAAAACGAUUCAUUGCUAGACGUGGAAGACCGGAGGAACUGUAUAGUGAUUUGGCACUAAUUUUAUAG